UUUCCGUACUCAUUUUGUAAUUGUUGAGUGGAAAAAACUGAUGUUGCAGUUUUCAAGCGAUUAAGAUUUUCAAUUUCAAUUAAAAGCAAGAAAGAUAAGUGUUACUUGUAAAUAUAUUGCUUAAGUAAAAAUAAAAUAAAGUUUUGAAAGUAUAUUUGGUGAUCUAUAAGUGAAAUUAAAAUAAAAAUUUGGUCAAGAAAAAUUUCUCCUUUAAAAAAGUUAAUAUUUCGUAGAACAGUAGUAAAAGUAGUGCAUUAAAAUGGCAGUCAACGUAUAUUCAACAAAUGUAACUUCUGAUAAUCUUUCACGGCAUGAUAUGUUGGCAUGGGUAAAUGAUUGUCUUCAGGCACAAUUUGGUAAAAUUGAGGAACUUUGUACUGGUGCAGCAUAUUGUCAGUUUAUGGAUAUGUUAUUUCCUGGAUCUGUUCCUAUUAAGCGUGUCAAGUUUCGUACAAACUUAGAGCAUGAAUAUAUACAGAACUUCAAGAUAUUGCAAGCGUCAUUUAAAAAGAUGAGCGUUGAUAAGAUUAUUCCCAUUGACAAAUUGACUAAAGGUCGUUUCCAAGAUAAUUUUGAAUUCUUGCAAUGGUUUAAGAAAUUUUUUGAUGCUAACUAUGACGGUAAAGACUAUGACGCAAGCCUUGCCAGAGAGGGUGCUCCUAUGGGCUUUGGAUCUGGUGUUGUAAAAAGUUUACCUGGUGCUGGGAAUUCUACCUCAUACCGAAAGUCCGCAACGACAUCUGUACCCACAUCUACGCGUUCUGCUCCCUCAGCAACAGUAUCACGACCUAUAUCAAAAGUGCAACCUAGAACUGUUGUAGCUGCUCCAUCAACCAAACCAGUCGGUGCUGCAAGUACUACGGGUGCUGUUAAGAAGACUGCUGAACAGUCCUCCUCAAUUACGAAUCAACAAAUUGAAGAAUUGUCCAGUCAAGUAAUGGAUAUGCGUUUAAAUUUGGAAGGUUUAGAAAAGGAAAGGGACUUUUAUUUUUCAAAACUUCGUGAUAUUGAAAUACUCUGCCAAGAAGCUGACGAAGGAGAACCGCAUCCUUUAAUACAAAAGAUUUUAGAUAUUCUAUAUGCAACUGAGGACGGUUUUGCGCCUCCCGAUGAAAUUCAACCCGAGGAUGAGGAAUAUUAAAUUUUCCCAAUUUAGCAAAAACAAAAAAAAAACUGCAUAAACAAUGUUAAAAUUUAACUACUAAAAAAACAACAAAAAACAUUUGCUACGACUUGCUGCAAACAAAGCAGGCUUCUUAUUGAGAGAAUAAUUACAUUAAAACAAUAUUAAAUAAAAAUAGUUUGAAAUUAAAUAUAUAUAUAUAUAAGAAAUACAAUCUAAAAGAAUUGAACAUCCAACCAGUAUUUAUUUCAUAACAGAACCAGUUAGAAAAAUCUCAUAAAA